GAUUGAACCUGCAUUGGUCUCUAUUUAUUCUUUAAAUCAAUCUUCUUCAACAUCAGAUAUUAUUGUAGUAUUACCAGAUACAUUAGAAUUGCCAAAAAAUCAAAUUCAACAAUUCGAAAAACUUGGUGCAAAAGUUGUCAAGGUCAGGGCAAUGCAUACCACGAGUCCUUUAGUUGUUCAGUUAUGGGCAUUAUUAGAAUACCAAAAAAUAAUUUAUUUUACACCAGAGAUAGUGUUCAAGAAAGAGAUAGAUCAGUUGUUCAGCUAUCCAGCAGGAUCUGCCUUGACAGCCAAUGAAAAUGCACCGAUGUUUAUUCUUGAACCAAAUCCUCAAAUCUUUGAACGACUGCUCCGAGACUAUAGAAAGACGUCUCAUGUAUUCAACUUGCUCGACCAAACCUAUUUUCGUCCUAUGAUUGAGCAAGACGUAAAACAGAUGAUAACAAUGUAUUCUGGACACAUGAAACCAUGGAACUUUUAUGGUUAUAGUGAUGUGGACUGGAAAAAGCAUUAUGACCCUGUUUCUUUCUAUAAAUGGCGUCGAUUAAAUAUCGAUAUGAAGCAUGCCUUGAAUCCUACUGAGGGAUCGACAUGGAAAAAUGCCAAGCGACAACAAAAUGUAUGUGAUGCUUUUCUUGAAGCCACUUUUUCGAAUUCCAAUUCUUUUCCGAUUCAAGAUCAAUUCUCGGUCCUUAUUAGCACCUAUAACCCAGAACGUAUUGAACACCUUUCAUUACUUAUUCAACAUUUGCUCAAAUCAAGCAAAAUACACACCGUCUUUAUUACUUGGCAUAAUCCCGCCUUGAAGGUGCCUAGUUCACUUUUCAAUCAUAUUUCUGAACAAGAUCGAGUGGUUAUCUUGUCUCAAACGUUUGAUUCUCUUAACAAUCGAUUUAACCCUAUUCCAGAACUUCAAACAGAAGCAGCUUACAUUAUGGACGAUGAUAUCUUUAUUGACCUAGAAGAUUUGGAAUUUACCUUUCAUGCCUGGCAAUCAAGAAAAGACAGUAUUGUGGGCCAUUUUCCUCGUCGUCAUGACUAUCAUCCUGAUACUCUACAAGCUUCUUAUGAAAUCAAUCGAGACCCGCCUUACAGUAUUAUUCUAACCAAGAGUAUGUUUAUUCGAUCUGAUUACUUGUUUGCCUAUACCUGUCUCCUCGAACCUAAAUUGCACCAAGUCAUUGACGAUCAAUUGAAUUGUGAAGACUUGGGAUUUGCCAUGAUGGCCUCUGGCAUCACCAGCGUUGCGCCAACGUAUGUCAAGACAAAAAACCCUAUUCAUGAUUUUGGCCUAUCAAAGGGCAUCAGUACAAAUUCAGCCCAUAUGCCUGCACGAAGAAAAUGUAUAUCUGACUUUAUUACUCAAUUUUGGCACAAGCGUGAUCCUUUAGUUUAUGCUUAUGGUGCUGUGGCACCUUUUGCCCGACCUCAAACCACAAAGGGUAAUUGGAAAGUCGUUGAAAAAGUAGUAAAGAGUGAGAAAUCCACUUGAUUUGUAUUAUACGUCAUAAAAGAAUAAAAAGUCUUUUUGCUUUAGUUGCCUAA